CGAAAAUAUUAACCACUUUGAAUCACUUUAAAAGUACCCUAAACAUUAAAAAUUCCGUUGCACUGUCGUUUAUUUUAUCGUAGAGUAGGCACAUAAGUAUUUUAUGUGACUCUGAAAGCACCACUGAGUUUUAGGUUAGAAUUUUUCCGCGUGAGACUUUAUUCUCGUGCUUUUAUUAUUUUUAUGUAUUACUAUUGAAUAAAAUUACAACAUUAGGAAAUUAAGAAAGUAAUAAAUAGCCAUGGGGAAAAAAAAGAACAAGAACCAGGAGCGCAAGAAGAAAGUCGCCUUGGUCUUUGACGAAGCUAAAAGGAAAGACUUUUUGUGUGGUUUCCGCAAAAGAAAGUUAGAGAGAAAGAAGAAGGCGCAAGAAGAAUUGCAGCAAAUGCUGAAAGAAGAGAAAAAACGAAUAAAGCAAGAGAAUAAAGAAUCCUACAAAAAGCUAGUUGUAUCAAGUCGUCCCAUUCCUGACAUAGAACAACUGCUACAAGAAGAAUAUGAAGAUGAAGAUGUAAACGUUAAAAUAGUCGAAUUAUCAUCAGACACUUUACAAAAGAGAGAUUUGGUCAUUGGAGAAAAUAAACCUAGAUUAAAGAAACCUACAUUGGAAGCAAAGAAGAAAGAAAAUAGCACUUUUAAUGGGAUAAAAGGCAUGGAAACUAAUGCAGAAAAUGAAGAAGAAGAAUCUGAAAUAGAGAAUGAAGAAUCUAAUGUUAAAACUAAAAAAGAAUUGAAAAGAAUGUUAAAAAAACAAGCUACAAAGAAAAUACAAAAAAGCAAAGUGUUUCAAAUGAAAAGUAAAUUGGAAAGAAUUAAGAAUAAAAAGAAGGCACAGCAGAAGAAGGGACAUAUGAAAGCUAAGAGUGACCCUAGAAAGGAUAAGUCUAAAAAGAAAAUAGGCAGACGAAAACACUAGUUAGCUUACAGAUUAAGGUUGUUAAGUAAAUGACAAAAUGCUAAAUGAAU